AUGGCAGUUAAAGUCUAUGUCGUUUAUUAUUCAAUGUAUGGACAUGUUGCGAAACUGGCCGAAGAGAUAAAGAAAGGAGCUGCAUCGGUGGAAGGAGUAGAAGUAAAACUAUGGCAGGUACCUGAAACGCUACCAGAGGACGUUCUUGGAAAGAUGGGUGCACCACCAAAGAAUGAUGUACCUAUCAUUUCACCUAAUGAUCUUGUCGAGGCUGAUGGGGUUCUUCUGGGUUUCCCCACUAGAUUUGGGAUGAUGGCAGCACAAUUCAAGGCAUUUAUGGAUGCAACUGGAGGUCUAUGGAGAACUCAACAGCUUGCUGGCAAACCUGCUGGAAUUUUCUACAGCACUGGAUCACAAGGAGGUGGACAAGAGACUACCCCCUUGACCGCCAUAACUCAGCUUGUUCACCAUGGAAUGCUAUUUGUGCCCAUUGGAUACACAUUUGGAGCAGGAAUGUUUGAGAUGGAGAAAGUGAAGGGUGGCAGCCCCUACGGGUCUGGAACUUUUGCCGGGGAUGGGUCAAGACAGCCUUCUGAGCUCGAACUAGAGCAAGCUUUUCAUCAGGGAAAGUAUUUUGCUGGCAUUGCUAAAAAGCUCAAGGCUGCUGCUUAAUUUUCGUUCACGUCUAUAUUCCUCGAAAUUCAUUUUUUCUUGUUUUAGAGUUUCCGUUUCGCAUUCUAAAUAAUAAACACUUUGAAUAUAAUUGUCCCAAACUUUCCAUGUUAUUUAUUUUUCCAGACAAUGGUGGGAGUGUUUGCAA